AUGGAGAGAGGAUGGAAGGCUAAUAAUGUUGAGAUUUCACCAAAUUGUCCUAGGUGUGGUUCUUCCAAUACCAAAUUCUGCUACUACAAUAACUACAGUUCAACUCAGCCACGGUACUUUUGCAAGGGCUGCAGAAGGUACUGGACCAAAGGAGGAUCCCUCCGCAAUGUGCCAAUUGGUGGUGGCUGCCGCAAAAGUAGAAGGGGUAAAUAUAAUAAAGCCUUAAGACAAGCCAAUAGCUCAGUUGGGCAUUCUGAUGAUUUAAGGCCCUCAUCUUCAGUUGUGUCUGAUGGACCAAAUAUUGAUCUUGCACAAGUCUAUGCAAGUUUUCUCAAUCUGAAGCCAGAUCAAGUGCAAACAGCUUGCUAUCCUUCUCCUGAGUAUUCAAGCAUAAUGAACACUGAUUUUGGCCACAGCCCUUUGUCUGCAGAGCUUGGUUUGCAUUUUCAUGAACAACCCUCAGAAUCCCAUUUUGGUGAGGAUAUCGAAAUGUACUUUUGCGGCUUGAACUCUAUCCAGAAGCAUCAAGAAUAUAGUAGCAGUCAUGACACUACAGUUACAAAAACAAACUUUGAGUUGCCACCUUUACCAGGUGAAGAGGCAGAAACCUCACAUGGUAAUGUGUUGUGGUCCAAUUCCGAGAUUAUGGUAGAUCAUGCUUUGCAAGCCACUCAAUCGCCCCUUUUUGGACCAGAGGCUUAUGAUGCAGACUUCUUAAUGGGCAAUUGUUGGAGCCACUUCGAUUUGCCGAGGGAUGCUACUUUUUCCACUCCUUGA